AUGAUCAUAUGUAGUCAGGGAUAGACUUCAUUAUCCAGUGGGCAUCAGUAUUUUUAAAUUAAACUUUUGUAUUUCCUAAAUAUAUUACCCACGGUAGCCUACUAGGCUAUACCACUUUUAUUAGGGUAUAUUUCGCUAAAAACAACAACAACAAAAAAACUCAAAUAACUACUUUAUUUGCAGUUUCAUUAGCCUAUAUUACAUGGGAAGUAGCGCGUUUUCAAGUGUCAAUCUUUGUAUGUGGGCGUAUAAUCAGCGAACGAUAUCCUUCUCAUUUUUUGUUACCUGUUCUCAAUAUUAUAACUAGCCUACUUUUGUUCUGAAAUACACACCAACAAGAUUGUUUGCCAAGAAUGCUGGUACUGGCGUGGACUAGAUGCUGGUGUUUUUUUAUUCUGCUGGGCGUAAUGAGGAUGGGAGAAGUAGAGGCUAAGGUGAACUCAAUCAAAUCGGUUUUACUGGGGGAACCUCCGACACAAGCCGCCAAUCGCUCUGCGAAUCUUCAGCCUGGAGUCAAAAAAAGAAACAACCCUAUACAGGUCUAUCACUGCAGUGCAGAUAAGGAGUGCACGGUAGGGAGUUACUGCCACAGCCCCCAUCACGGGCCGUCCCGCUGUCUGAACUGCAGGAGGAGGAAGAGGCGUUGUCACAGAGACAGCAUGUGCUGCCCUGGCAACCGCUGCAGCAGCUAUAUCUGUGUUCCAAUCUCAGAAAGUGUCCUGCCACCCCAAAUCCCAGCUUUAGAGGAACACAACAAACUGCCAGUCAAAGGGAAUGGCUGGAAAAAGAAUAGGAAAUCACAUACAAAGCUGUCUAUCGCCAAAGCUCACGAGGGAGAUCCCUGCCUGCGCUCCUCGGACUGCACCGAUGGGAACUGCUGCGCCCGCCACUUCUGGACCAAGAUCUGCAAGCCGGUGCUGCAGCAGGGGGAGGUGUGCUCACGGCAGAGGAAGAAGGGCUCCCACGGCCUGGAGAUCUUCCAGCGCUGCGACUGCGCCAAGGGCCUCUCCUGCAAGGCCUGGAAGGACGCCACCUCCGCCUCCCGCUCCAGGCUGCACAUGUGCCAGAAGGUGUGAGGAACCUGACCCCGCGCACACCUCCCGGACCCCUGGAACUUCAGACGGCAUGGCCGACGCGGCGGGCUCGAGCGGAGAGGAGGAGAGAGGAGGAGAGAGGAGGAGAGAGGAAGAGAGAGGAAGAGAGAGGAGGAGAGGACGAGGGACUGACUCUAUUAGCACUGCGGAGGCGCAAGCCAACGGACUCGCGACGGCAAUCGGCUGCUCGGAACCUCUCACAGAUCUGUGUCCUUUCCUGAUUGUUACUACCAGCAAGCACAACUCCGUGAGAACCUUUACCCAUAGUCAGUGUAUGCAUGGUAGCUCAUAAAAUCACAAAUAAAUCAUCUUCAUUUACAUCCUA